UAUGUCAUUCAGCCGCCGCCCGCCGCGCCGGACGGACGCCUGCCUCCGCCAUGUUGCUCCUCGUGUUGUGUCUCGCGGCCGCCGCCGCUGGCUAUGUUGAUAAACAAGCCCCCCCGCAAUGGAGCCCCGUGUACUCCGUGAAGGGCUCGCUGAUGAUUCCCUACGCUGAGCUGGUCGAACCAUUCUCCGCCUGGUUUGACAGCAAGAAUGGCAAGUCCCGCAUCGACUACUACGGCCAGAUGGUCAAGACCUACCAGAUGACCUCAACAGUGUACCCGAAAUACGGCACAAUGAUCAAAAUCGCGCCGGUGACCACAGAGACCGUUCUGAACAAGCAGACGUGUCUGCAAGUGAACGGGACGGACGGACAGACGGUCAAUAUACAAAACGUCCUCCCCGACAUGACUGACUUCAAGUACAUUGGUACUGAAAACAUGCGUGACACGGAGGCCUCAAAAUGGCGGAUGACGACGACUGUAGGUGACAAGAUCAACAAGUACACCAUGUGGGUCAAAUACAAGAAGGACCUCAGAGGAGAUGCGUUACCCAUACCUAUGAGAUACGAGAUGAAGGGCUUCAACUCCCUCCUGGGAUCCCACUACGACCACUACUACAUCGAGUACAUGGACUACGAUGUCGAGGACAUUGACCCCGACGUCUUCAAGGUCGACCCAGGUAUGGAGUGCACAUCAUUCCCCGGCCCCGGCAUCCGUCACAUGGCGACCUUCAACCCCAUGAAGGAGUUCGUGCACCCCGUGCAUGAGGGGCACGUGCACGACGAGUUCAACAGGUUCAAGAACAAGCACGGGAAGAGCUACCACAGCGACGUGGAACACGAGAAGCGUUUGAAUAUCUUCCGUCAGAACCUCCGCUUCGUUCACUCGCACAACCGCGCUCGACGAGGGUACACUAUGGCGGUUAACCAUCUGGCUGACAGGACUGAUGACGAACUGGCUGCACUGAGGGGGAGGAAAUACAGUGGACCCAACCCAGGUCUGCUGUUUCCGUAUGAGCGAGAGGACGUUGAAGAGGAGAGCGACAAGCUCCCCUCAGAACACGACUGGAGACUCUUCGGCGCCGUCACUCCUGUUAAAGACCAAUCAGUGUGCGGGUCGUGCUGGUCGUUCGGCACCGUGGGGGCCGUGGAGGGAGCUCUGUUCUUGAAGAACGGGAACCACCUCGUGCGCCUGAGUCAGCAGGCACUAGUCGACUGCUCCUGGGGUUUCGGUAACAACGGAUGCGAUGGAGGCGAGGACUUCCGCGCGUACCAGUGGAUCAUGAAACACGGCCUGCCCACCGAGGAAGAGUAUGGCGGCUACCUGGGACAGGACGGUUACUGCCACAUCGACAACGUGACCCUGGUGACCUCCAUCAAGGGCUGGGUCAACGUCACCACCAACGACGAGAAAGCUCUCAGGCUGGCGAUAUUCAAGCACGGCCCCAUCUCGGUGGCCAUCGACGCGUCGCAUAAAACGUUCAGCUUCUACUCUCACGGCGUAUACUACGAGCCCGAAUGCAAAAGCAAAGUGGAAGAGCUCGACCACGCGGUGCUGGCGGUCGGGUACGGCAUCCUCAACGGGCAGAAGUACUGGCUGGUGAAGAACUCGUGGUCCAACAUGUGGGGCAACGACGGCUACGUGCUAAUGUCGUCCAAGGAGAACAACUGCGGCGUCAUGAGCGCGCCCACUUACGUACUCAUCUAGAUUGUGUUCCUAAAUAUAUGCUAGAUACUGAAAUGAUAGUUCGAUAUGCCAAUUAACGACCCAAUUAUUCUGCUUUUUAUCUAAUUUUGCACAAUAUGUACGACUUUUUAACAAACUGUACCAAUUUGGAACAAAUAUGUACAACUUUUGAACAAAGUGAAUUUUGUACAAAAUAACAGGUCGGGUGGACAAAUUGAGGCAAUCGAACUGUCAUUUUAGCAUAGAAAACAAAAUUUAAACAUGAAUGUAAAUGGUUGCUUCCAUAAAUAUGUAAAAAUCAAUAAAACAGCCUAGAAAUUAAAAGAAAAUUAGAUUUUGGCCACCAAAAUCUUGAAAAGGCCCACUAAAAGAUCACGGGCAGAAGUACUGGCUGGUGAAGAACUCGUGGUCCAACAUGUGGGGCAACGACGGCUACGUGAUAAUGUCGUACAAGGACAACAACUGCGGCGUCAUGAGCGCGCCCACUUACGUACUCAUGUAGAUUGUGUUCCUAAAAUCCUGGCAGGGUCGCCAUGUAAGGUUCGGAAAGGAUGAGUAUUAUUCCAGCAUUCGCUUGUUUCGUUACUCAUCCUUACAAUAUGCUAGAUACUAAAAUGAUAGUUCGAUAAGCCAAUUUACGACCCAAUAAUUCAGCUUUUUAACUAAUUUUGCACAAUGUGUACCAAUUUUGCACAAUGUGUACCAAUUUUGCACAAUGUGUACCAUUUUUGAACAAGAUGUACCGCUUUUGAACAAAGUGUAUUAAUUUUGUACAAAAUAACAGAUCGAUCAGACAAAUUGGGGCAAUCGAACUGUCUUCAUAUUUUAAUAAUAGGAUCUCUACAAUCUAUUUUGGCAUAGAAGUAACGUUAUAUAAAAAUAAAUCCAGAUAUUUUUAGUCUGUGUAGAUAUCACUUGUUUUUUACUAUUAUGUAAUAUUGUACUUUUUGCCUUGUAUACUACCAAAGUUGUUUAAAGUGAUGUCAAUUUAAUAAUAGAUAUACUUUUAAUAGGUAUUAGUUACGUCAAAAUGUAAAGAUCUAGAGCAAUCCAUGGCAAACAUAUAAUAUGUAAGUUUAUUAUAGUUUAAGAGUUCUUAAAGGUUACGCACACCGUGUGCGUAGGCAUGCACGUUAAUAUGUUGGAACCGUGCGCGCACACGUCACGCCAGCGGUGUGCCGUCACUCAUAAGAAUCUGUAUAUUACAACGCGCAUGUGAACGUCUACGCACACGCGGCCGGUGUGCACAUGAUUUAAAAUUGUGUAGAACAUUUAAAAGAGGUUUGGUUAAAUCCACAAUAAAAAAAAGUUGCCUGUAAUAA